GACCCCAUAUCAAGGCAUUGUGGAUCUAUUCUUCCCAUUGGCUGCAGAAGCACCUUUAGGAGAAUACACCAUCAAUAUGCCUGGCCUCAAGAACAGCUUCAGUGUAGAGGACUAUGUGCUGCCCAAAUGCAGUGUGUCGAUUCAGAUGCCCCCUGUGAUCACCGUCUUGGAGGAGAAAUUCCAUUUGCAAGUCUGUGGCACGUGAGCUGAAGUUAACAUUUUCCUUCGGCUAAAGCUGCCCGAUGAAAGGCUUUGAACACCAGCACCCAUCAAAACUAAAGGCUAGAAUAGUCCCUGCAGCACCCUCCCACUGCAGCACCCUGACAUUCUCCAUUCCGCCUUGCAGUUCUUUGUCCGUGGUUCCUAAAUCAGGGUUGGAGUUCAACGCCACUCAGAGCUGCAGGGUAACUUCAUCCGUCACUACGCUCCAGUUUUUGGAUAAUAACAUCUACUACCAGCCAGGAGCACCAUACCAUGGGAGGCUGAAGCUCAACAGUGCCAAUGGGAUGCCCUUGAAGAACACAGAGGUUUUUCUCACUGUAUACAGGGGCAAAAUGCAGUCUGAGACCUACCUCAGUGACCACACAGGGGUGACCUCUUUCACCUUGGACACUUCACCAUGGAGGGACAGCGACAAGGUUUCAUUACAGGAGAAACCUGGCUUUUGA